GCUCCCGGCUCUUUUUCGUAAGACAGAAGUCUGCCUAAAAAAGCAGGAGGAUCCAGUCACGGAAGAGAGGCUUCACACCGAGUACCAGAAACAGCAGAACACCUCAUCACUUAUUCCAGAAAGGCUUCUUGGGAGAUAGGGGUUGAAGGCUGUCUGCUGCUGCCCUCUUGGACCCCAAAGCCUGCCUUAGAGGUCUGUGCGGCAGGCUGUGUUCCUCUGCGACUCGCCACUGAGCACCGCCCGGUGCCACUCGGUGUCUGCUGGCCCUGGGCUCCGCUGCCUGCUUUCUUGCCAUGUCUAACGAAGUAGAAACCAGUGUGGCUAACGGUCAGCCUGACCAACAGGCUGCCACAAAGGCACCGUCCAAGAAAGAAAAGAAGAAAGGCACUGAAAAGACAGAUGAAUAUCUCCUGGCCAGAUUCAAAGGUGAUGGUGUCAAAUACAAGGCCAAGCUCAUCGGCAUUGAUGAUGUGCCAGAUGCAAGAGGCGACAAGAUGAGUCAGGAUUCCAUGAUGAAGUUAAAGGGAAUGGCUGCAGCUGGUCGCUCUCAAGGCCAACACAAGCAAAGGAUCUGGGUCAACAUCUCCCUUUCCGGGAUAAAAAUAAUCGACGAGAAGACGGGGGUCAUAGAACAUGAGCAUCCAGUCAAUAAGAUCUCUUUUAUUGCCCGUGACGUGACAGAUAACAGGGCUUUCGGCUACGUGUGUGGAGGAGAAGGACAACAUCAGUUCUUUGCCAUUAAAACAGGACAACAGGCUGAGCCCUUAGUUGUUGAUCUGAAAGAUCUUUUUCAAGUGAUCUAUAAUGUAAAGAAAAAGGAAGAAGAAAAGAAAAAGAUGGAAGAAGCCAACAAAGCAGUCGAGAAUGGGAAUGAGGAGAGUCUGCUGAAUUUUGAUGAAAAAGCUAACAAACUGCAAUUGGGUGUUGACCAGAUGGAUUUGUUUGGGGCCAUGUCUACACCUCCUGACCUAAAUAGUCCAACAGAGAGCAAAGAUAUCCUGUUAGUGGAUCUAAACUCUGAAAUUGACACCAAUCAGAACUCUUUAAAAGAAAAUUCGCUGCUGACCAACAGCACUGCCUCCUGCUCUCUCCCUCCACCAAAGCGCCAGGCCUCUUUCUCGCCUGGCCAACACGCCUUUUCUGCCAAUCUCAACUUCUUCCCCACCCCUAACCCCGAUCCUUUCCGCGAUGAUCCUUUCACACAGUCAGACCAAUCGACACCCUCUUCGUAUGAUUCUCACAACUCUCCAGAGCAGAAGAAAGAGAAUUUGAGUCACUCGUCUCCUCCACUGAGUAAUGGGCCCCUGAAUGGGGGCGCUGAUUACUUUGGUCAACAGUUUGACCAGAUCUCUAACCGGACUGGCUCUAAACAGGAAGCCCAGGCGGGAGGUCCGUGGCCGGCAGUGAGAACUCAAAACAGGGUCUCUGAGCGAGAACAGGAUGGCUCCCACAGCCAAUCCUCCCCCAAUCCUUUUGUGGAAAACCCUCCCAAAGGACUGUCUGUGCCGAAUGGUGUAAAGCAGGGCUGGGAGAACUCUGUGCAGUCCUCAGCACAUGACUCCAUGGCCAUUAUCCCACCUCCACAAAGUACCAAGCCCGGAAGAGGCAGAAGGACUGCUAAGUCUCCCGCAAACGACUUGCUUUCAUCUGACAUCUUUGCACCUCCGGUCUCAGAGCCUCCGAGCCAGACGCCACCUCCAGGACCAUCUGCAACCUUACAGACCAGCCCUCUGGAUCUCUUCAAAGCCAGUGCUCCUGCACCAGCGGCUCCCCUUGCUGGUCUAGGUGCUGUGCCAGGGGCAGCCCCUCAGGCAGGAGUGUGGAACCCGACUUCCUUAGUCUUCAGUCAGCCCACUGCAGGGGUCCCAGGAGCCAUGCUGGGCAGUCAGCCUUCGGGCUACGGUCAAGCCAUUAUUUUUGCCAGUCCAGCUGUUCCCGGUUGGAACCGGCCUCCAUCCUUUGUGGCCUCCACAACCCCUUCAUCCUUUGUGGCCUCCACAACCCCUCCAGCCUCUGCGGUCUGGGGCCCGGCAACAUCUGUAGCCCCCAGCACGUGGUCAUCAGCAAGUCCUGUGGGGAACCCUUUCCAGAGCAAUAUGUUUUCACUUCCUCCUGUGUCUGCCCAGUCCCCAUCUGGCAUCUCCUCUCUCCUGGUCACUCCUCCUCAACCCCCUCCCAGAACGGCCCCUUCUAAGGACGUCCCCGGCGAUGCCUUUACGGCUCUGGACCCGCUUGGGGAUACAGAAGUCAAGGAAGUGAAAGAGAUGUUUAAGGACUUCCAGCUGCGGCAGGUGCCUGCCGUGCCCUCCAGGAAGGGAGAGCAGUCCUCUUCUGGGACGUCAAGCGCCUUCUGCAGCUAUUUUAACAGCAAAGUGGGCAUUCUUCAGGAGAACGCAGACCACGAUGACUUUGAUGCCAGUCAGCUGUUGAGGAAGACCAAUGAACCACCAAAGCCAACCUCCAGACAGGGCGUCCCUCCAGCCGCCAGUUGUUCUGACAGUGCAUUUGAGAACCCUUUCUACAAAGACGCGUUCAGCUCAUCUCAAGCCUCUAUGACGUCUCCACAACAUGGGUCUCCUGAUGUCCAAAAGGAUCCUUUUGGGAACCCUUUUGCUUAACUUCUGGAACUGCACACACACUGGCCGUUCGGAGGAACAGGAGGACUGGCCUUCCUGUUACUCAAGGACAGAGCUAAUCGCCAGACGCAUCUUGACCUCUGCGCUGGUUCUGGCUUUGACAUAUUACCUGCUGCCUUACUGUUUUUGCUAUAUCUCUCCCAUUCGUAAAAUGUCUUUCUGUCUAGGUUAGAAGCGAAACUGAAUCUAUGGCAUGAAAUAAAUUUUAAAAACUUAAAACUCCCUGGCUUAAAAUGUAAACGAUAAAAAAAAAAAUGUAAACGAUUGAGUUUCUCUGUUUGAACCCUCAUCUAGUGUGUUCCUAGAGCCUGCAAGGACAGUCAACCACCGACCCCCAGGAUUGGACGAUGCUGUUACCGCAACUCUUCAGAUCAAACUAUUUUGAAUAAAAUUUAAAACCCUUACUGUUCACAGUUGUUUGGAGGGGGGUGUUCUAUUUUUAGAACAUAAAGCCUACAGGCAGUCGUCCGACAAACCCCUUGUUCCAUCUUGUCCAGGUCCUCACAGAGGAUUUUUACAGUGAAGUAGUUAAACCAAGCUUCUCCUUGGGGCACUCUGGAAUCUGACACAACUCCGACGCUACUGAAAGAUGGCAGCUUCUCUCCUCUCAAGAUCACUUUCCUAUGAGAAGGCAAGAUCAUCUCUUUUCCCAUCUCUUGCUUGCUACUGUUUAUGAAAGAAGAGCGGCAUUCAUUUUUCCUCUUCAGUUUUUUUUUUCUUUCUUUCUUAACUCCUGAGCUCAGAUGCAUUCCCUCCCUUGCACAAGCAGCAGAGUUCUACAGGGCAAAAAAAAAAAAAAAAAAAAAAAAGUCUAAUGAUUCCCAGAGCAGAGGCCUGACUUCUCAGUAAUGGAUAACCCCAGUAAGCAGCAUUGUAGAGGGCACAGAUUUGACCCUUCUUGCGGAAGAAGAGGCCAUCCCCUUGAACGGAGGUUCUGGGAGAGCAGUGUCUGUUCACGAAAGGCUGGACUCAGCAGUGAAGGGCUGUGUUCUGCAGAGCAGCGCAGCACGAGGCUAAGUGAACGUGCCGGACGCACCAGGUGCUUAGCCAGAGUCACGCGAGGCCUUUCUUGAACAACUGGGAAACUUGGUGGAAGCCACAAUCUCGUAGUUAGUAGGAAGAUAGAGGGGAGGGGAAAUGCUGGGGUGGGGGGAAAGCAAGCAUUUGGUGUUACCACUUCACAUCUAUUGUCUGUGAUGUUUUUCUCCUGAAGACAUUAGAGGACAUUUAAAGAACUGUUUGGAAGGAGACUAAAAAGAAUGAAAAUUCAGACUCUCCUCCCUACCUCCCAGUCUUGGCCCAUCCAUAUCUCCCGGUUUUUAACCUAAGAAACUCUUCUGUUGUUAGCACAGGUCUGAGGGUAUUGUUCUUCCCAAAAUGAGUUUUGUCUUGUUGCAUUUCUGUGUUGGAGAUUUCAGUGUUGUCUCCUGACCGUACUGCUCAGGUUCUUGUGGGAAUGAGUCAGCCACACACAAUGUUACCUUUACGUGGAAGAAGUCUGCUCAGGCUUAAGAGAGACGGUGGCGACGGUGGCCUGGUGCUCCUCUGUUAAUGAUUCCCAAGUGUUCUAAGCUAAAGCCCUGUGGUUCUAUGCUUUAUGGUUGAUCCUGUAUGACAUAAUUAUCCAUCUGGAUUUUUACUCCCUCUUAUAAACCGAGACUUGAAACAGUAUUUUAUAUGUCCAGAAACCUACAUAUCCUAAACUGGAGGCAAUUAUUUCCACAUAGCUGAAUUUUUGAAAGUAGCUAAUUUUUUUUUUAACAAAACCAAUCAGCCACACAAUUAUUUUGUACAUACUUGUUUUCUUGUGCACUUUUCUGUAUGCAAAUAAACCUACAAAUUUACGCAUCUCAAUAAACUGGAACAAAAUG